UACCCACAUAAAAUUAUGCUACCAGUUUCAAAUGAUCUCUUUUUACUAUUGUCUGUUACAGAGAAAAAAGGACAGAAGAAAGUGGAAGAUGGUCCACCUGCCAUUCUGUCAGGAACUUUUGUGUUCCCAAAUGGAGACAAAUACGAGGGUGAAUACAUUCAAGAAGAUGGCAGUAUCAUCAGAAGCGGGCAAGGUGUUCAUACAACAACUGACGGCAGUGUUUAUGACGGUGAAUGGGCAAAUGACAAAAUGAAUGGAAAUGGCAAAUUGUCACAUCAUUCUGGCUCAUUCUAUACAGGAGAAUUUGUCAACAACCAGUUCCACGGCCAUGGAGUUUAUACAUGGCCCAAUGGCUCCAGCUACGAAGGAGAAUUUCAUGAAAAUAGAUUAGAGGGUAAAGGCAAUUUUACAGACACAGAAAAUCAGAUGUGGACCGGACAGUUCCGGUACAAAGCUGCACCGGGUCUACAAUUUCACAUAAGAUUGGAUUGAUCUUCAAACCAGAAUUAACUUUUAAUUGUGUAACAAAUAAAGACAUGAAAAAUUUAGAUUUUAUCUAAAAAAAGUCUGUUAGACAAUAUUAAAUUGGAAAAGGUCGAUUGAAAUUGUUCAGUUUUUUUUUCAAGAGAGAAAAAUAUCUUCAAAAAUAAAAAAAAGAAUAAUAUUUUUUAUAAUGUUAUUUUUUGUUUCAUUCACACGAGUGAAAUUUUGGAUUCCAGCAGAAUAUGUACAAAUUUUGUAAAGUAUUGAGUUUUUGCUUUUUUUUGUUAAAAGGAUUUGGUCUAUAAUCAAAGUCUAUAUAUUACUAUAAAUAAUUAUGUGGAUAGUAUUUAGUAUCAGACAU